AUGAGUAUUACACAUAGAAGAACAAUCAAUUAUCAAUUACCACAAAUAGAAAAUACAUCUAAUAUAAUAAUGAAUAAAAUGCAAAUACAUUCUCAUAGUAGUAAUCCUUUAGGUCAAGCUAUAUAUAAUCCUAAUAGUAGUGGAAGUAUAACAUAUAUUACUGAAAAUAUAGUUG